AUGUAUGCCUGUGCCAAUAUAUGUACCCCACUGUCAAUUUUAAUUUGUUUCUAUCUAUCUAUCUAUCUAUCUAUCUAUCUAUCUAUCUAUCUAUCUAUCUAUCUCUUUCGUAGUCUGUUCAUAUCUAUCUAUCUAUCUAUCUAUCUCUUUCGUAGUCUGUUCAUAUCUAUCUAUCUAUCUAUCUAUCUAUCUAUCUAUCUAUCUAUCUCUUUCGUAGUCUGUUCAUAUCUAUCUAUCUAUCUAUCUAUCUAUCUAUCUAUCUAUCUAUCUAUCUCUUUCGUAUCUGCUAAUAUCUAUCUAUCUAUGCAAAUUUCGUUAUUUCUUUCUUUCUUUCUUUCUUUCUUUCUUUCUUUUUUAAUUCGUAUCUAUCUAUGGAAAUUUCUUCUAUAUCUAUCUAUCUAUCUAUCUAUCUAUCUAUCUAUCUAUCUUUUUUUUAAUGACCCCCCCACCCCACACCUGACUCUUCAAAAUGCAUUUUUUUUAUUUUCUCGUCUUUUGAAGUGUGGAAUCCUCGAUACUGCCUCUCGCGUUAACAUAGAGACGGCAGCGGAGGUAUUCCGAGUAGCGGUUGCAUCGUUGCCAUGGCAACAGUACGGGUCGUGGCGACUCUUCAGCAAUACAGGCUGA